AUGGAUGAGCCGCUCGCGUUCGGUGCAGCGGGACACCAAUUAGCCCACCUUAAUGAGGUGUUGGGACGCAAGGUCAAAGCCCAAGAUGGGGGCAUUCCUCCACUCAGCCGCAUCGCCACCGUCUACAUCUACAUCAUGGAUCAGAAUGACCACGCACCACUGAUAGUUUCACCUGCGGGGAAUGGGACACGCUCCCAAGAGACAGUGCAGAAGAAUGCAGAUCCUGGUGCCUUGGUGACCAAAGUGGUGGCUUACGAUGCAGACGCAGGCCCGAAUGCCUGGCUGGUGUACAUGCUCCAGACAGCCACAGACAUGGACCUGUUCAAAGUGCAUGAGCACACAGGGGAGAUCCGGACCUCCAGACGCAUCCUGGAAGACAACUCCACCUCAUUUGCUCUGACUGUUAUUGUUAAAGACCAUGGACAGCCUCCUCUCACCUCCACCGCCACCAUCAAUGUGGCAGUCAUGGAAGUGCCCCCUAAAGUAGCCCCUGACCCCAAAAGGAUCAUCCGCCCUCACAGCCCGCUGCUCUUCUCCAAUGUAACCCUCUAUCUGAUUGUGGCUCUAAGUGCUACCACCUUUGUUUUCCUAGUGACUGUUGUGGUUCUGGCCAUAGUCCGCUGUCACGCCUAUUGCUCUCAGCCUGGGUCCUGCUCUUCGUGCUGCGGCUCACAAAAGCCCCCUCCAGAUGGGGGGAGCAGCAGUGUGAGUGCAGGUGCGGCUGGUGCAAGUGGUGGACAACCCAACAACAAUGUGGUGUUGAGAAGAGACCUAAAAGUGGAGCCACACUACAUUGAAGUGCGAGGAAAUGGCUCGCUAACAAAGACUUACUGCUAUAAGACUUGCCUAACUGCCACCUCUGGCAGUGACACUUUUAUGUUCUACAACACGGGACGUCCCAUUAGCGGCACCUGGGGAAGCGGUGCAGAGCGCUUCUUCACCAGUAACAGUGGAUUUGUGCGGAGACUGAGCAUGCCUGACGCUUCUCUGCAACUUUGCCCUGAGCCAAAAGCCCCCAAUGCUGACUGGCGAUAUUCUGCAUCUUUGAGAGCAGGGAUGCAGACAAGCUCAGUCCACAUGGAGGAGUCCGGAGCAGUGAUGCAGGGAGCCCAGGGGAUGCUGGUCCAGAACUGGCCCACUGUCUCCAGCGCUGCAGAUGGAGAGGGUGGUGGAGAGCUAUCUCCUCCUGUAGGGGCUGGAGUCAACAGCAACAGCUGGCACUUCAGAUAUGGAGCAACUGGCCAAGGCUACAUGCCCGCUCCUCAGCCCCUGAAGCCCGGGGAGAUCCCUCCUGAAGCAUUCAUUAUCCCAGGAUCGCCAGCCAUCAUCUCCAUUCGCCACGACGCAGGACCUGUAGACGACAAGGGAGACUUCAUCAGCUUUGGCAAGAAAGAUGAGGCCAAGAAGAAGAAGAAGAAGAAGAAGGACAAAAAGGACAAAAAGGAUAAGGGAAAGGAUGAUGGCGAUGACUAG